ACUGCAAAGAUGGUCAAUGUACCUAAAACCCGAAGGACUUUCUGUAAGAAGUGUGGAAAGCAUCAGCCUCACAAAGUGACCCAGUAUAAGAAGGGCAAAGAUUCCCUGUAUGCCCAGGGA